CCCGAUGUCGAAGGGUGGUGACGCGGUCGCGCCGCUCCUGCCGGUGGAGCUCCGCCCGAGCGAGACACGGCCGGCCUCGGUUCCUGGCGCGUCCGUCUCUCCGUCCUGCUCUGCUCCGCCAUCUACGCCGCGAUCGGAUUCUUCGGCUACCUUCUCUUCGGCGAGGCCACCAUGAACGACAUCCUCUCCAACUUCGACCGCGACACCGGCUCGGCCUUCGGGAGUCUUCUCAACGACGUGGUCCGCCUCAGCUAUGUCCUCCACCUGGUUCUCGUCUUCCCCUUGCUCUUCUUCUCGUUGAGAAUCAACGUCGACGAGCUCCUCUUUCCCAAAUCGAGCCACCUCUCGUCGGACGCUCACCGGUUCACGCUGCUCACUGCGGCGCUGCUUGGCUCCAUCUAUCUGGGCUCAGUCCUCUUCCCGAGCAUUUGGACUCUGUUUCAGUUCAUCGGGUUGACCACUGCGGUUUGCAUCUCGUUAAUUUUCCCGGCGGCUCUUGUUCUGAGGCAGGGUAUUCAUGGAAAGGCAGAAGCUUUUGGACAGAAAUCCCUGCGGAAUCAGGAUAUUCAUGGAAAGGCGGGAGCUUUUGGACAGAAAUCCCUGAUUCCGCAGGGAUUUCUGUCCAAAAGCUCCUGCCUUUCCAUGAAUACCUCUAUCGGCGCCUAUUUAUAGCGCCCCAACCCU